AAGCCUUCGUUACUGUAAAGCUGUUCUUAUAUACCGAUAGAGUAACAUUCUGUCGGGAAGUGGCUAACAGGCCAAAGCAUAUCGUGGUCAGUCGUUUAGUUAUUGUUAGUGAUUAACCAGCAGUGGUCGAGUAUUGUGCGUUUGCUGGGUCGAUACCGUCGAUAUUUUCAUGCGAAAGUGAAUCGAAGCGAGUUCCUUGCACGAGCGUGAAAUUUAUUAGUUAAAAACGGCUGACCAAAUUGUUAUACAGACUUCAUUCGUGGUUAGGUUUGAUUACUUCAACAAUUUAUUAUUUAUUUAAGAAUUUAUUGAAAAUGGUUGUAUUUGCAUCCGCGGUUUCGUUUCAAGUUGACACAUAAUAUCUCGUAAUGCUUCGAAGUAUAAAAUAAUUCGCCGGUCCAGGAAUUUUAGUGGUUAUAGCAAAACAGAUAAUCUGAUAAAUGGAGCGAUCUCCCGCCAAUAUUCAGCGCCAGCGAACAACUCGUCUUCUUCAUCGUCGCACGUGACACGUACAAUGCAAUCCUGAGAUUCUUGUCGAAAUGUGCGGCCUCAAAAUUAUUGUACUCACCCUUUGCAUUUGGCACGUUUCUGCCGUGCUAAUGAAAGAUCAAUGUCAGCGGGAAUACGAGUUCCCUGCAGAGUGGAAAUCGACAGAAAAUGACACUCUAGGACCUGGCAAGAUGAAAGUAGUUUAUGACAAAAACGCAAACGAGAUUCGUGCGACGUUCGUCAAUGGACCGAAAGAUGUUUGGAUAACAGCACUUAUCAAACCGACUGACAACGCCUACUGUCCUAAGACCCUCGAAGAUGCUGAGAAUCUUUUUCUAUAUAAUCAAAAUUAUAGUCAACGAUCCAAUACUGCAUACAAAGCGUCAAAGAAUGCCGAAAAGCUAAUGACCAUCCGAAAACCAAUUACUGGUUGUUAUUAUUUCAAUAUAACGGAUGAAAACGGCACCAAUUGGUUAUACGGCGGUCAAUUUUACAAUACGUCCAAUCCUCAUAUCGAUCCUCACCCGAAAUGCAAACUAGAGUACUAUCCCCCUGGUGACACGACGAAAGAAAGUGUAAACAUUCGUGUGACGGUACCGACAUUGUGCGAAACGCUAACAUUAUGCGUGAUAAGCCAUAACGGAAGCAGAACCGGAAAGGAAUGCUACUGGUCUCAAAUGGAGGAACAGUUUUAUAGGGACACCGAGCCCAGCUGUAAAAAUCCAAUCACGCACAAUAAAACAAAAAAAAGUCCAGAGCAUUCAGAAUGGAUAGUGGAUGUUACAUGGGAACAAGAACGCGAAUGCAAUUCUAAUCGUAGUUAUUACGUGUCGAUUUACACGAUCGGUGGUAAAUGCAAAUUUCAAAAUAAAACAGUGGACUAUCAUCGUUGGCAACCUUUUAUCUCUGACGAAGUGUUCCGCUUCACUCCUCCACCUGCCAGCAAUUACCAGCCCAAAGACGAUAGCCCCUAUUCCCUCGAACUUGUUGCGACUAUUCUUUCCUACGUCGCAGUAGGUGCCAUUUCAGCAGGAAUACUACUUUAUUGGAUCAGGCAGUACAACUAUUUGAUAGCUGUAGAUAAGCUCAAUAAAGAAAGACACAACGGAAAGUCGCAAAGAGCUCCGGAACAGAGUGAUGACGGAGCAUCGAAGGGAAUUUUGUUGGUUUAUACCAAGGGUUCGCUGUCGUUCAUGGAUAAAAUGGAAAAUUUUCGAAAUUAUUUGAGGCUUGCUUGUGGCUGCAGGGUUUACGACUUGCAGUCGCAGGAAGACGAGGAUGACGUUGCAACAUACGGAGCUACAGAAUGGAUUGGCAAGUUGUUACUGAAUGGCAGCAAAGUAAUUUUCGUUGACACCCCGGAGUUCCGUUCUGUGGUCAAUGGAAUCGAAUCUGACACAGCGGAAGAACGCGAACCGGUUGUUGACUCGCGUGAUCUUGCGUUGCGAUACGCUGUUGAGUCAGCUAAGAACGUCCAAGAUCCCUCGACUCAAUAUUGCCAGCACUUUGUUGUUCGAUGGGACGAAAUAAAAACUACCGACGACUGGAAUGACCCAUUAUCGUUGAUCGCACCUCACAUUCGUUUCAAUCUUCCGGAGAAUUUCGAUACUUUGUGCGAGUACAUCCGCAACUCAAUGGGUACAAAAUUCAACUACCAUGUAGUUGACGUCCCAAAUGCCGCUGAAGCUAAUACUAUAUAUCAAGUAGAAAAUAAGAUGUACUAUGAACUGCAAUUCAAAAAGAUCUGUCGGAUAGUUUCCAAAAUGUGGGGAUACAAAGUUCUGAAGGAUGAAAUCUUUUACGUACAUUCAGCGGCUCAGCAAAAAACCUUACACUUCUCAACCUUUAAAACUGUCUUCAUAUUGACAACCAUGCGUCUCUCGAAACUAUUAAUCGUUGCUGUCGCGUUGGCGAUUUCUAUUCAACUGACCUCCGAGGUUUUGGCCGCAGACACAACUUCUUACAUAGGUGCAGUUGUCGAAUACUACCCGGUUACAAAUGGAACAAACGGGACGACAAUCGCUAACGCUAAUGCUCAAAAUUAUGUUACAAUUAUUAAGAGAGCUGCAAAUUACAGCACGGACAUCGUCGUAUUUCCAGAAAGCUCUUUGACAAUGGGACUCAAUUCCUCCGACACGGACAGAACUUUGUAUCCUUCACACAGCUCUUUUGUACCAGACCCAGGAACAGACAUACCCUGUGAUAAUUCGUCGACUGUCGUAAUGGAGGCUUUACGUUUGAUCUCAUGCGCUGCCAAGAAUAACUCAAUUUACGUCGUGGUGAACUUGAGCGAGAAAGAGAACUGCACCACGACAGGAACGUCGUCUCGUCCCUGUCCCAGCGACGGUUACUUCUACUACAACACAAACGUAGCGUUUGACCGAACAGGAGCAAUCGUAUCAAGAUACAGAAAGUACAACCUCUUCGGCGAGCUGGGAUUCAACAUAACUUCGACCCCAGACAUCGCGACAUUUACCACGGAUUUCAACGUUACAUUUGGACAAAUAAUCUGUUUCGACAUCCUCUUCAGAACGCCAACUCUGACUCUGAUCAACGACUAUAACGUCACCGACAUCAUUUUCUCGGUACACUGGUUCUCCGAGAUGCCGUAUCUGACCGCCAUUCAGACCCAAACGGCCUGGUCCUACACGAACAACGUCAACCUUCUGGCAUCAGGGUUCAACAUGCCAGCUACCGGCAGUGGAGGCAGCGGAAUAUACGCUGGAACCAACGGAAGAUUGGUCGCCCUUUUCUCGGAGAGUGCGAAGAACGCUCUUUUGGUGGCAAGAGUACCAAAGGUGAUCGACGGGGCCCGAAACAACGUCACCUCCACGACCUAUCCGCUGAUCUACGAGUUCAGUAACACCGAAAUCACGACUCUGGUUGGUAUAACGACGGUCCCUCAACAAGCACUGCUCCAGGAUAUUCUGACGGCUUACACGACGAGCGUUUUGUCCUUGAGCAACGGCACGACCGCCAGUUGGCUCGAAAUAUGCGAUCGGCAGCUUUGCUGUUCCUUUUACGUCAACGGGACCUUCGAUGCGGAGAGCGUCAAUUCGAGUGCAAAUUAUUACAGAUAUCGCAUCGCAGUAUUCAACGGUGUGAGAACACAUUCGGGCGUGGCUACCACCGGUGUGCAAAUCUGCAGUAUUAUUUCUUGUAGAAAUGAUACGGCGAGCAGCUGCGGGCUGAGAUUUGCCGCUACGGACACCGUCUUGCAGCCGACUGUCUUCAACGAAAUCGUCGUAUCCGGUAAUUUUUCUACCACCUCAGACGCGAUGCAGAUGCCAGACUCAUUGACCACGGAUAUGCUUCCAUUAAACAUCAGCGAUUUCACCUACAGGAAAACUACCGUAUCUGGUUCCACUUUAGCGAAUGUCACCCACGUUUUGACCACUAAAACAAGCAGUUUGUUAACUUUUGCUAUUUAUGGUAGAAAUUUCUCGGCCGAUGGCCUGGCAUUCACCGAAAGCGUUGUAUCAUCCGCGAUUCCAUUCUCACGCUUUUCAGUGGUCCUGACUACGGUUUUUGCAGUCUUAAUUACCUUGCACAUUUUGACUAAGUAUUGAGAAGAGUAACUUUUUGUAUCCGGAAAGUUGCGACGGGUAUUAUGUAUGUAAAUAAUUACCUCGCAGAAAUAUCCAAUAAUAUUAAGUAUAUAUGUAUAUUUGUAAUGUGCAUAGCGUGUAUGAUAAGUUCGUGACUUAUGAUCUAAUCAAAAUUAAAGAUAGUUUGUACUAUUUCACUUUUUUUACCUUAUGUCUCUGUAUGCUUCACGUAUAAAAAAAAUUCUAUCAUCGUCUGUCUGCUAGUUAAUGAUGUCACUGAAUGACUCAGUUACUGAAAUUACUUUGCUACAAUAAGAUCGAUUCUAUGCGAUAGAAGAUUCAAUGGAAAAUUCGCAACUCGCGAGACAAAGAGCAAUUACCGUUGGAGCCGUAUAUUCCAUAUUUUAUUUUAAGAUAUUACAUAAGCUUACUAUGUAACUAGUAAUUACGACCUGUAUUUGUUAAUCAUGCAAUGAAUUUAGUGGUUUAAAUGUCUAUUUCGAUAAAAGUCUAUGGCUAGCUCAAUAGCAAAGUUUCCUUUCAAACACCUCGCCUCGCAUUCUGUUACCCCCUUCGAGUCGAGGAAUACUAUGAACCAGAUAAAAUUUCCUUAUAACUAUAUGCAGUUCAUAUUUAAGUGUUAAAUAUAUCACUUCCAACUGUUCAACUCUGCGUCAAUAAAUCACACUCUGCGCAA